GCAUUGAGAGAGAAAUAAACAAAUUAAUUAAGAAGAUGGCUACUUCUUAUGUUCUUCUUCUUUCUCUCUUAGCUUUGGCUUUCUCUCAUUCUCUUGCUUCAGAUCCAAGUCCUCUCCAGGAUUUCUGUGUUGCAGACCUCAAAUCCACUGUGCUCGUGAAUGGAUUUGUCUGCAAAUCUCCACAAGUCGUCUCAGCUGAUGAUUUCACCUUUCACGGCCUGGACAUGCCAGGCAACACAUCCAACCCUCAAGGCUCUGCAGUGACACCAGUGUUUGUACAACAACUUCCAGGCCUGAACACUCUUGGUGUCUCACUUGCAAGAUUAGAUUUUGCACCUUAUGGUCUGAUUCCUCCUCACUAUCAUCCCCGGGGAACUGAAAUCAUGACGGUGAUCGAAGGCACACUUCACGUCGGUUUCGUCACCUCCUUCCCUAAUUUCCAACUUUUCACACAGGUGGUAAAGAAGGGAGAUGUGUUUGUCUUCCCUCAAGGUCUCAUUCACUUCCAAUUCAACUAUGGUGAUACCCCAGCAGUGGCCAUUUCAGGGUUAGGGAGCCAAGACCCUGGUGUUGUGCUCAUCCCUAAUGCAGUCUUUGGUUCUAAUCCACCCAUUAAUGAUGCUAUUCUUGCCAAGGCCUUUCAACUGGACGUGAAGAUCAUUGACUACCUCCAGUCCAAAUUCUAGUAUUUACUUAUAUAAUUACGUACCCACUAGCUACCGCUUCACAUGCAUAAUUAAUAUACCUAUAGAUAUAUUUACUAUGUUUUGGAAAUAAGCAAACAUGCUUGUUUGCAUGUUGGAUGCCUUUAUAUAUGAUUAAUAUUUGAUUUGAUUAUGA